AUGGGUAUUGCUUUUUUGAUCAAAACAUCUACAGUAAAAGAUUCUAGAGCUCCAAUCUAUAUUGCUUUGAAACAAGCUGUUAAUAGGAUAGGAAGACACAGCGAAAUCAGAAUUGAUACAGAAAAGGGCCAAGAAAUUUCUAAACUUCAUACGACCAUAUACCGUAGGGUUGAGAACGGUCAAGAUUGCUGGAUUAUUGAGGAUAAUGAAUCAUUAAAUGGAACAUUUGUAAAUAAAAGAAAAAUCCACCGUGUAUACCUAAACAAUAAAGAUGAAGUAGUUUUUGGAGGAGGCUCUAAUUUUUGCAAAGGCGACUUCCUCGAGUCGACUGAUAAUGCACCAUGUCGUUAUAUAUUUUAUACUCCUUUUAGACCAAUAAAAUUUUUACCAAGUACAAACAUUAAUCAGUCAAUUCGACCAAGCGACGACUGCGAGCUAUGUCCGAUAUGUUUUGGCCCACUUACUGCAUCUGAAACACUUCCUUGCGGUCAUACUUUUUGCUUAACAUGUAUUCAUCAGUGGGCAGACCAAUGCCUUUUGCAACAAAGGCCAUGCGUUUGUCCUAUGUGCCGUGCAACAUUCCUAAAAAGUCAGUUGUCUCCAGAAGAAGCUAUAUUUACAGAAAAUGAUAUCCAGGUUAUUACAACAGAGCCUUUCCUUCGCGAACUCGAAGUUCAGAAUUGUAAAAAGAUCAAGGCUGUUAAUAUUUUCAAGCAAUGGGAUCAAAAACACGCCAUUCGUUUUUGGAAUUUGUUCAGCAAGGUAUCUCAAAACAUGUUGCAUAGAGCAAUUUUAUUACAGCUUGUUAAGUUAACGCCGAAUUCCAUAUUCGCAGCUAAAAAUGACCAACUCCAGAUUGCAUUACAAAAUCUGACAGGAAAUGUCUCAACAACCAAUCGUGAUCCAAUGAUACAGAUCAUUCUUACGAUAUUGGCUCUAAAAUUUAUGCCAUCCAUCCCAUCCAAACCAAGGUUACCUAGUGGCGGAAGCAAAUCAGCAAGAUUCCACCAUAACUUACUUAGAAGAUGA